CUGAUGGAAAGAGACCUAUGGAAUAAGAACAAUACCCUGAAUAUGGAAAUUAAUGUUGGGGUUCUGUGGUCCGCAAAUGAAGGAUAUUUAUCAUCAUAAUACAUCAAUCCCAUUAAUGAACAUCCUUCACAUCUUGCUUCUUCUUCUGUUUAUAUAUUUUUGGGUAUCCAAUUGCUUAAUAUUUUCUUCUCCAUCCUCUUUCCUUUUUUUGACGAAAAUCGGUUGGCAAAUUCUCAAUGCCUUCAUUCUCUUCUAGCUGAAUGUUUUUUUUUUCCUAGAAUUUUAAAGCCAUCACUUCUUUUUUUCUGCUAAUUAUUGUCACAGCUAGGGUUUUCCAGUCUUUUUUUUACCUUACUUUUUUUGCUGAAAUUCAGCUGAAAGCUUAUGUUUCUGAAAUAGAAAUCUGAUAGGGUUUUGAAGUUGUUAAGUAUCUUUUUAGGUUCUUAUCAUAGUUAUCUGAUUUCUUCUUCCAACAAUCUUUUGCAAAAAAGUUUGAAAACUUCUGGAUAUAUCAACUUCUUCUGGCACGGUUCUUGAGCUUAAUUAGUAGCCAGCUGCCUUAAUUUAUUGGAAAUAAAAAUGGUGAGAGGAAAGGUGGAAAUGAAAAGAAUAGAGAAUUCAACAAGCAGGCAAGUGACCUUCUCAAAGAGGAGAAAUGGGCUUAUGAAGAAAGCAUAUGAGCUAUCAGUUCUUUGUGAUGCUGAAGUUGCUUUGAUUAUUUUCUCACCGAAAGGAAGACUCUACGAAUUCUCCAGCUCCAACAUGCAGAAGACAAUUGAGAGAUAUCGUGAACUUGCAAAAGAAACAGCGACGGUGGACGAAAACAUUGGACUCAAGCACCACAUAGAGCAUUUGAAGCAUGAGACAGCUAAGAUGGCGAAGAAGAUAGAGAUCCUUGAAGCUUCCAAACGGAAGAUGAUGGGCCAAGGUUUAGGGUCAUGUUCAAUGGAUGAACUACAAGAGAUUGACAACAAGCUCGAGAGGAGCCUCAGAAACAUCAAGGCCAGAAAGGUUCAAUUGUUCAACGAUGAAAUAGAACGCCUAGAAGCCAGGGAGAGGUUAUUGCUCGAACAAAAUGCAAGUUUACGUGAAAAGUGCGGGCAUAGGCCAACGCUACUAGCGCUAGCAUCAGUAGCAGUACCAGCACCACCACCAACACCACCAGCUCAAGUGAAAGAAAUGGGAAAUUGUAGCCAAAGUACACAGAGUUGGGAGGUAGAGACUGAAUUGUCUAUGGGCCUUCCUGAAAUGCGAUGCUCAUAGCAGCUAGGACUUAUUCAUAUUUCGUUUUACAUAUAUAAUUUAUAGCUUUCCUUAAUAGUUUAGAUCAAGUGGAUAGCAUUGCUCAAUUGUUUACAAGCAUAAGGAGCUGCAAAUUCAAUAAGUAAAACCUUCUAAUAAGAGCGCAAUGUUUGCCUUUAUUUUGUAACCUUUUGUUAUGUAGCCAAGUGUAUCAAUAUUUCCCAGAACAAAAGUUAUGGAGAAGCCUGAUUUGAGUUGCAUGUUUUUACCA